AUGUCCCAAAGUGAAAUUCUUUAUGUGAAGGGGAUGAAUUUGUCGGAGUCUGAGGAAGAAGAAAACUUGGAGUCUGCAUGGGACGACAGGAAGCUUAACGAUGCGUACGAUAAAGCGUUAAAGAUAGCCAACGCAGAAGUAGCAAAGCGGGUAGCCAUGUCUACCAAUACGCAAAAUGGUGGUAAAGAAGAUACUGCUAAAAAUAAAAAGGAGAAGAAAUCAUCCCAGAAUACCUCUACAAAGAAGAAACAUCUGUGGAGAGCUGGUCUGCCGUGUCGUUCCGUAUAUGAAGGUGAUGGUUUGGAGUAUGAAGCAUUUAUUUUGAGGAUGAUCAAUAAUGAAGAGUGUGUUGUCAGAUAUUUGGGUUACGAAAAUUCAGAAAUAGUACCAAUCAGUUCCUUGAAGCCCACCCAUGGUAACGACGAAAGAACUAAACAAAUUGAACAGGCACUGCGUGAGAAGGUCGACGACGGGUUCGGAAGCCAGUCACCCAAUCCUGGUGAAGAUAUGGAAGCUAGUGAUCGUGUACCGAGUCCUGAUAGUAUAGAUCAAGCAUCGUUCCAGAAGAAAAAGCGUUCGUACAAAAAGAAGAACAGUAACAGCAGGAACAACUUCGAACUUCCAGGGAUGCCUGUGAUGCCCAACAUUUCUAUGCUGAGAAAUAUUGGAUCGCUGGAGAUGCCGAUGCCUCCGCCCCCGAUGACGUUCACAUCGAGCGACAAAACCGAAUCCGAGGAGCAAGCCAUAUCAUCCAUGUUGCUCAGCUGGUACAUGAGCGGCUACUACACUGGGCUCUAUCAAGGACUCAAAAGGUCGAAGGAGAAUCGCAAUAAUGUUUAA